AUGGGUGACAGAUUAACUCAGCUCCAGGAUGCCGUCGAUCAGCUGGCGCAACAAUUCGUCGCAUGCAUCCAUUUCCUCCACCGAUACCACGAUCGCGAAAUACUGGGCCCCAAGGACCAGGUCAGAGAGGUGAAGCCGGAGGAGGACCGCAAAGAAAUUACGCCGAUCCCAGCCGAGGAGUUCAAAGCAGGCCAGAUUGAGCUCGCGCGCGACCUGGUCUUGAAGGAACAGCAGAUCGAGUUUAUCAUAUCCUCGCUCCCGGGGCUCGAGAACAAUGCGGAGGCACAGGAGCGGUGCAUAAGGGAGCUAGAGGAGGAGCUUCGUGUCGCGGACGCGCAGCGGCAGGAUGCGAUCCGCGAGAUGAACGAGGUUCAGGGACAGCUGGACCAGGUCAUCCGGGGCACGAAACGGCCUUGA